AAAACUUGAAUUCCGCCCAAUUGUUAUGAAUGUGAACUCUUACUAACGUUUUAAUGCAUAAUAUUUUUUGCUAGCAACAUUUAGUUCUUGAAAAAUAGUCUUGAUAUUAUAAAUGAUAACGGAAAAGAAAGGAAAGAUAAGAACGGUUUGUUCUGCUCUCUUCCCCUUGCCUGUUGUCGCCAAGGGUAAAUGAGGGAAACAACGUGCAAGUCGGAGUGACCAAUCUGUAAUCGAGUGUCGUGGCCAGAACCUGUAGGCGCUUCCCUGGAGUCCCUCUGUGUUUGUCCGAUAUUUGAAGGCACCGCCAGGUGGUCGUGCCGAAUAUUAACAGGUGGUUGCGCAGUGUGUACCUGAGAACCGAUGCGCGCGAACCCCACCACGCGAUAGGACUAUCCCAGUGUAAACUCAAGGAAUAAAACAAGUGUGAGAGCAUAGUAGUUCUUCUCAAGGAGUCGAGUGCCCCCUUAAGGAUAACCGGCAACCAGGUGGUGUCAGGGGUCGCCCAGGUGAGUGGCGAUACGCCUGACGAGGUGAUGAGUGCUAUGAAGAUGCACUAUUCGACCGGCACGCCCCCGUCGUUCCCGAUGCCUCGCAAUCUCUUCUUCUCCAACCUGGAUGAGGUAAGACGCCCUUCCACACCCUCCAACUACAGCCACUACGCCCACACCUCCCCGCGACCAGCUGAGGCGGCGCUGGUGUGGCCCCCGGGCGGGGAGGGGUCGCACAAUAAGGGGGCGGGUGUCGCGGGCGGCGUGGGCGGAUCCUCGCCGCCCACGUCCCAGCAAGCGGCGCCCCAGGGACUGGUGCACUGGAUGAGCGUCAUGGCCGAGCACAUGAACAACCCCCAUCAUGAUGCUGUGCAUUACAUGUGGAAUGGCGUAGAGAGCAAAAUGAACGCGACGCCAGACCAGCACAACUCAUCGUCACCCAUGCAUAAAGGUCACCCCAACAGUUUGGACGAGCGGCUGGAUGGGCGGAGCCUCGACAUCUCGCACAACAUGGCGCCCGCCUCCCUCUACGCCCGUAGCAAUGGGUCGGCGUCAUCCGCCUCCCCGCCCACGGUGUCUACGCCCUCCAUGCUCAUCGUCCCCCAGCCCAUCAACGCCGCCAAGAUGCCGCCCACGCCGCCUGGUAUCGGACAAAACCCGCCCAAUAACGGUUCCGCUCGGAAGUACCAGUGCAAGAUGUGUCCACAGAUCUUCGGAAGCAAGGCCGACCUGCAGUUGCACACUCAGAUCCACAUGCGGGAAGCCAAGCCAUACAAGUGUUCGCAGUGCUCCAAAGCCUUUGCCAACUCAUCCUACUUGUCCCAGCACACUAGGAUUCACUUGGGUAUCAAACCCUACCGUUGCGAGAUUUGCCAGCGCAAGUUCACACAGUUAUCGCAUCUGCAGCAGCACAUCCGUACCCACACCGGGGACAAGCCCUACAAGUGCCGCCACCCAGGAUGCAACAAGGCCUUCAGUCAGCUGUCCAACUUGCAGAGCCACUCCCGCUGCCAUCAGACGGACAAACCCUACAAAUGUAACUCGUGCUACAAGUGCUUUGUGGAUGAGGCCUCUCUCCUGGAGCACAUCCCCAAGCACAAGGAAAGCAAGCACCUCAAGACUCACAUCUGUCAGUAUUGCGGCAAGAGCUACACGCAGGAGACGUAUUUGCAGAAGCACAUGCAGAAACAUGCUGAGCGGGCAGACAAGAGGCCGCCCCUCUCUGGCCACGGCGUGCGGCAGGAGAACCCAUACUGGCCCAAGCCUGACACCACAGCUCUCGAGGCCAUGGACGGCCGCAUGUCGGAAGCGUGUCUUCAGGGCUCACUCGAUCCUUCCCGUCACUUAGGCCGCGACCACAUUGAUCCUCGUGCGGAGGAGAUCCGCCACACUCCCGCCCACAUGCCUGUCUCAAACAUGUCCUACGACUCCCUUGCUACAAAGACGUCGUCGGCAUUCACGCCCAUCCAGACGAGUAUGUUGCCCAUCAGUGGUGGAACACAGCUGUCCAUGGCGGCGUCAUCAUCACAGCGCUACUUCCCGUACGACCCCAUCAGCUUCCCCAAGACGCACACACAAAUGCCCUCCAUGGACGUCAAGCCCAACCAGUUCCCCAACCAGCUCAUCUCGCUCCAUCAGAUCCGCAACUACGCCCACCAACCCACUAUGAACUCCGACUUGCUCCUGAAGGACAAGGGUGUUACUCAAUAGUGUGUCGAGUGGACCGCGGGCCGCACCCAGGCUCCAAUGUCGACUGAGAGUGGGCCGCAUCAGGUGGCCCACGACUCAGGCGCUUCCCUACGGUGCAGGGGCCGCCGCGUGCGGACCAUGCCAGUAGGAGGGGCUGAAUACAGGGUAUUGAUGGCACGGGGCAAGGGCACGGGAGAGGGCGCCGCCUUGCAGCAGCAGUGGUCAUGGCCGGUGCCCCCGAGUGAGGGCCCGGUGACGAGUUGUGAUACGUGCCCGGUGAUAGCUGGACGAGGUCUGUAAGACAAGUCGCCUGACUCUAAGGAACGCUCGCUUAGCAGGGAAACGUUAGUGUAAAUGUGCAAUAACCACACUAAACGCAAGAGUACACUCGUGUUGCAGGAACUGCUUCUCACGUCUGUUUGUUAGAAAUGCCACUGUUGAGGACUGACCGAAACGGUUGCAGAGCUGUGAGGGACAGGAGAGGGUUUGGGGCCGAGUGGAGUGAGAGCGAGGUGGUAGUGUUAGUGGAGCUCUGCCCCCACCCCCAUGUGUAGCACCAACGGCAUCAAAAAGAAACAAACAGCAGCCAAGCGCUCUCCCGUACAAACCCACCAGAAUACAGUUCACGUUCCUCUUCACUGUUAUAGUGAGCAACUCUCCGAUAUCGUGAUAGCUAAACAAGCAAUACUGUUACUAGUUAUGGUGCCUUCCACCAUCCAUCGAAACCCAUAGAUUCCCCCAACCAUAAUUUUACUUUAACCGUAGCACAAAACAUCACUUUGUUUUAUUUUAAAUUGUAUACGUGAUUUUCUAUGAAAAUAUUGUAUUUUUCAUCUGUUUCCCUGAUCAUCUUAGUACCUAACUUGUUUCUACCAAGCGUACUGACUUGCUCAGCACUGAAAGAUGUUCAACAACCGUCAUGUUACAAAAUUCUCCGGCCUUGGGGGACGAUAGAUUUGUGUAAGAGCUGACAAGCAGGUCGCUGAGCAAGCCCGGACGCCCGUAUCUUUCUUCAGUAUGUCCUACCUCCAAAAAAGAAAAUAGACGGUUCCAGAUGAAAUUGUUUUAGAUACAUUGUAAUGUUGGACCCAGUUGGCCCCUGUCUUCGGGUCCUUUGGCCCUGGCGUCUGUCAAGGCCACCCCUAGAGUCCUCCAGUGUUUGGACCAGGACUCCCACACCCUAAACCUCGUUGCCCACGCAAGACUGCCUCGCUUGUGUGCGGGCAGUACUAACCUCCUCCAUCCAGGAAGUAUACGAUUAUUUCUACGUCAUGUCUUGUGUGUGUAUUAAAUAACGUCUGAAGUCUCUUGUAGUAGCAAGUUUCCCGUUUUGAAACAGAUAAUAAGGGUCUUAGGAAGAGCUUCUGGCAGACUCAAUAACACGUGUCCUUAAAAGAAUAUAAUUUCAAGUUUUUUGUAUGAAGAUUAGUAUAAUGUAUUGACCAAGUAAUUGUAAAAAGGUCUAUUUGUGAUGACUCUGUCAUUCGGAAGACUGUAGAUUUUCAAAGUGAUUCUGGCCAGGGGUUCGCUUCAUCAUGCCCUUUUAAUACAAUUUUCAGACCUCACUUCAGUCGAAUCUUAAUAAAGGCAAUCAGGGGCCAAGCAUCAAAACUCCACAUGUUACAGUAUUCAGCACUUCUCUGUAAUCUACAUUCUUCCGCCAACAUUCAAAACAGGUACUACACCUUGACUACUGUCUCUUACGGACACUACUACUUUUGUAUGCCGCAAAAGUUCUGUAUUAUGCAUGGGUAGAAGGUUAAUGAAGAAGUACUCAGUAGCGAACAUAGCUAGUAUGACUUGUUACUCCGUUUCCUUUUGUACUUACGAAUAUAGGGAGUGAAAUAUUAGAAUAACGUUGGUUCAUUUUCUAUAUAUUUGCAUGGAUAAUAGAAUGUAGCAACAUCUUCUGUCGUAUAUAAUAUGAAAAAACGUGAUGUUGAUAGACAAAGGAGGUAAAAGGUGUCCGAAUGGAUGAAUGAAUGUGGGAAGAUAAUGUUCGAAUUCUUUAAAAAAAAAGUAGCUUAACACUGUUGUAAGCAGGGCCGCAUUGAGGAUACGUACUGAAAGAAGAAGCUGUUGACCCUCAUUUUUUAUAUAUAUACAUAUACAUAAACUUACGCAUCCAUUUGGAGGGAUUUGUAGUGACCUAACGAGUGAUACUGUGUUUCUACAGAUUCUCAGACGGCAACAAUAUGUCGAUGUUGAAUGGCCUCAUCUGGCAGGGAUCUUGAAUGUGGCUCUGAAACUGUCAGUCGUGAGUGAUAUUUUGUACAGUAGCCGCAGUAAAGUCCGACCUCCCCAUAUGAUGUUACUGUGAGAGGAACUUAAACAUCAAAAUAUGUUUGCUCAACAUAGCGACUUGUUCGUUUUGGCACGUUAACAGAUGUUUGUGUUAUUGUUAAUUCAGGUGUUGACUGUUAUAAACGGCUCGUAAAAAAAAAGGUCACACUUAUGGGGAAUUCUCGUACUCAACACGACUCGUUUGGUUCAUGCUAAGCUCGUCUGAUUGUGUUCUGAAGUGGUGGUUGUCGCGGCCGGGAGCGGAACCAUCAGAGUGGAUUUCAGCGUGAACGAACAGCUUGUGCUCUCCACGACAAUUCUCCUCCGGGACGCCUCUUCUGCGCUCUUGUCCAGAACCACGCGGUGGUGGCCACGAGGCUUCA